AACGAAUUUUACUCAUAAAACAGCCAAAUUAUAUUACACUAUAAAACAUAUAAUAAUUACUUUUUUAAGCCCUGAUUAUAAAUAAUUGUAACCACAUGUAUUGUUGAGCGAAAUUGUUUUUUUGUUUUUGUUGCAAAAGAAGCAGGACUACAGAGCUACCAUGCAUGGCAACGAGAAUCUCAAAGAAAGUGAUGGAAGAGGUGCACCAGUGGGGAUCCAUGAAACAACACGGUGUGACCUUAAAGUACAUGAUGGAAUUCGGGUCCAACCCUACUGACAAGAACCUCCUCCUCUCUGCUCAGUUUCUUCACAUUGAGCUUCCCGUUAGAAUUGCACGAAGAUCCAUCGAGCUCGAGAAUCUUCCUUGUGGCUUAUCUCAAAAACCUGCUGUUCUCAAGGUUAGAGAUUGGUACUUGGAUUCGUUCCGUGAUCUUAGAUCUUUUCGUGAGAUAAAAGACAUGAGUGAUGAGAAAGAAUUCACUAAGAUAAUCAAGGCUAUUAAGGUGAGGCAUGACAAUGUGGUGCCAACAAUGGCCUUGGGUGUUUUGCAAUUAAAGAGAAUUAUGAAUGCAAAUACUGCUAUUGAAGAUCAUACUGAGAUUCAUGAGUUCCUUGACCGCUUUUUCCUGUCAAGAAUUGGAAUCCGUAUGCUUAUUGGGCAACAUUUAGAAUUGCACAAAACUAAUCCAAAUCCAAAUUGUGUUGGUUGUAUACACACAAAAAUGUCUCCAUUGGAUGUGACUAGGAAUGCCAUUGAAGAUGCGCGAGCUAUGUGUUAUCGCGAAUAUGGCAAUGCACCAGAAGUAACAAUAUAUGGCGAUCCUGAUUUUACUUUUCCGUCCGUAACUACCUUCUUACUUCAAUGGUGGAUUCAAUUUUCUUGUUUAUUUUCUGCUUAUACAAUAGAAAUGCUGUUGUUGUUUCUUUUUUCUUUUCACAUCAGGUAUGUUCCAAGUCACUUGCAUCAUAUGGUAUUUGAGUUGGUUAAGAAUUCAUUGCGAGCUGUCCAAGAGCGAUUUGUGGAUGAUGACAGAGUUGCACCUCCCGUUAGAAUCAUUAUUGCUGAUGGAAUAGAAGAUGUUACCAUAAAGAUAUCAGAUGAGGGAGGAGGCAUACCAAGAAGUGGACUUCCAAAGCUAUUUACAUAUCUGUAUAGCACAGCAAAAACAAAUCAAUUAUUGGAUGAAGAUUCAGACCUUGGAAUUGCUAAUACUGUCACAAUGGCUGGCUAUGGUCAUGGCCUCCCAAUUAGCCGCUUGUAUGCUAAGUAUUUUGGUGGUGACCUUCAAAUAUUGUCCAUGGAAGGAUAUGGCACAGAUGCAUAUCUGCAUUUAUGUCGUUUGGGAGACUCAGAAGAACCUCUGCCUUGAAAAUUCUCUGUUUUCGUCAUUCUUUUAUCCUAAUACAAGAAGUUGCGAUGGAGAGCUACGUAAUUGAUGACUAGGCAUUUUUCUUGUGAAUAGGUCUAUAGGCGUAUAGCGCUCAGCCGCACUGCCUUGAUUUUUUUUUUAGUUGAUAUUACAUUGACGACUAUUACAAAAUCACUUUAAUUAAGUUUCGUUUUUUUUUC